UACCAGCGAUACCGUCACCGUCGUUGUCACAGAUAUAUAAACAGAAUAGAUGCUUAUAUAUUAUAUCGGUGAUUGUUGUUGUUGUUAAUGUUUUUUUUUUCUUUUUAUCGCGUUACCAUUUUUGUGGUUUUAGUGGUAACAACGGUCGUUGAGCGAAUCACAAGUUCACAACCGUCCGACGGGGCACCGUCCUCCACCGCCACAUGUGAUCGUGUGAUUAUUAUUAUUAUUUUUAUUUUUUUUUUGCAUAAUAUGUAUAUUUUUUUCUAAUUUUCAAAAUAUCAAUUUGGUUUUUUUUAAUUAUCAAUUUUUUUUUAAAUCUUCAUUCUACUCACUUCGAAAUUGUCGAAAAUUUGACAUCAAACGAUAACAUUAUUCUCGACUGUUUACUUUCACUCCAUGCACAUAAACAUGUAUACAUAAUUAUUAGGUACACGUUUUUGUAUUCGUAUGUAGUAGGUACAUGCGCAACAUAUAUUUCGUUGAAAUAUAAUUUUUUUUUUCUUUAAUCAGUGCCAAACACAUAAAAAUGGACCGAAGACCAUCGUCAUACAAAUCGCGUCCAGCGUCGUCCAAACCAUCGGGUUCUAGUUGCAUUAUAUGUUUUAAGAUUCAAUCAAUUUAUUCAAUUGGUACGUGUGAUCAUCCUGUAUGCUAUGAGUGUUCAACUACUAUGAGAGUGCUCUGCGAUCAAAAGGAGUGUCCGAUAUGCAGACGAAUACUGACCAAGGUUAUUUUUACCAAAGAUGAGUUGGAUUUGUUUAAAAAUUUGGAAGAACGUUCAUAUCCCCGUUAUAACAAAAAGUACGGCAUUGCAUUUGGUGAUCUUUCUGUGGAAAAUUCCUUUGACCAAUUACUGCGUUGCUACUGUAAAAAAUGUUAUGAACGUCCAGAGUUUACGUCAUUUGAACAAUUAGCUACACAUAUGGAACGAACCCAUCGUCUUUAUGCUUGUCGUCUUUGUGUGAAUAAUUUAAAG